UGAUCCUUAGUACCCUGAGUUGCCUGAAGGGGGGAAUGGCACUGCCUGCGUGUGCAGCCCGGGCGCUCGGGCCGCCGUUGCAACCGGAGCGAGGAGCGCCCGCCCGCACCACCUGUCCCCGCCGGCAUUCCAGAGUAGAGGCCGAAUUGGCAGCAAGCCGGCCCGGAUCAGUCGCCGCCUCAGUCCGCGCGGGCCCUCCUAGGGGUGUGUCUCGCGGAUUCAACUCCCAGACGCUCCUGGACGAGCCCCUAAAGGCUUCUUCCUCUCUGGCGGGAGCCGCGCGCGCCCCUCUCUUCGCGCUGCUGCCCCGAGGCCGCCGCAGGCGGAUGCACGACUUCAGGAGACGCUGGGACCUGGGCUCCCUCUGCCGGGCCCUGCUCACCCGGGGCCUGGCCGCCCUGGGCCACUCGCUGAAGCACGUGCUCGGCGCUAUCUUCUCCAAGAUUUUCGGCCCCCUAGCCAGCGUCGGGAACAUGGAUGAGAAAUCCAACAAGCUGCUGCUGGCUUUGGUGAUGCUCUUCCUCUUUGCCGUGAUCGUCCUCCAAUACGUGUGCCCCGGCACAGAAUGCCAGCUCCUCCGCCUGCAGGCGUUCAGCUCCCCGAUGCCAGACCCGUACCGCUCGGAGGAUGAGAGCUCCGCCAGGUUCGUGCCCCGUUACAAUUUCAGCCGCGGCGACCUCCUGCGCAAGGUAGACUUCGACAUCAAGGGCGAUGACCUGAUCGUGUUCCUGCACAUCCAGAAGACCGGAGGCACCACUUUUGGCCGCCACCUGGUGCGCAACAUCCAGCUGGAGCAACCGUGCGAAUGCCGCGUGGGUCAGAAGAAAUGCACUUGCCACCGGCCGGGUAAGCGGGAGACCUGGCUCUUCUCCAGGUUCUCCACAGGCUGGAGCUGCGGACUGCACGCCGACUGGACCGAGCUCACCAGCUGCGUGCCCGCCGUGGUGGACGGCAAGCGCGACGCCAGGCUGAGACCGUCCAGGUGGAGGAUUUUUCAGAUUCUAGAUGCAGCAAGUAAAGAUAGACGGGGUUCUGCAAAUAUUAAUCCAGGCGCCAACUCGCCAUCAUCCACAAAGGCCCGGAACACACCUAAGAAUGGGAAGAACUUCCACUACAUCACCAUCCUCCGUGACCCGGUGUCCCGGUACCUGAGCGAGUGGAGGCACGUCCAGAGAGGGGCGACCUGGAAGGCGUCCCUGCACGUCUGCGAUGGAAGGCCCCCAACCUCCGAAGAGCUGCCCAGCUGCUACACUGGAGAUGACUGGUCUGGCUGCCCCCUGAAAGAGUUCAUGGACUGUCCCUAUAACCUGGCCAACAACCGCCAGGUGCGCAUGCUCUCCGACCUGACCCUCGUAGGCUGCUACAAUCUCUCAGUCAUGCCAGAAAAGCAGAGAAACAAGGUCCUUCUGGAAAGCGCCAAGUCGAAUCUCAAGCACAUGGCGUUCUUCGGCCUCACCGAGUUUCAGCGGAAAACCCAGUACCUGUUUGAGAAAACCUUCAACAUGAACUUCAUUUCGCCAUUUACGCAGUAUAAUACCACUAGGGCCUCUAGCGUAGAGAUCAAUGAGGAGAUCCAAAAGCGAAUCGAGGGCCUGAAUUUUCUGGAUAUGGAAUUGUACAGCUAUGCAAAAGAUCUCUUUUUGCAAAGGUAUCAGUUUAUGAGGCAGAAGGAGCAUCAGGAAGCUAGGAGGAAGCGUCAGGAACAGCGGAAAUUUCUGAAGGGAAGGUUCCUUCAGACCCAUUUCCAGAGCCAGAGUCAGGGCCAGAACCAGAAUCUGAGUCAGAAUCCGAGUCAGAACCCAAACCCAAAUGUCAAUCAGAAUGUGACUCAGAAUAUGACUCAGAAUCUGACUCAGAGUUCGGGUCAGAAUUCGAGCCUGAAGGAGAACCAGGAAAGCCAGAAGCAGAACCCAGGCCAAGAGCCAGGCGAUGGCCACACCAGCCCUGGCACCAGUGACUACAUGGGCAGUGUAGAGAAAUGGCGUUAGGUGGCUCCCAGAGGCUUUCGCACACUUCUCCCCAAGCGCCAGUCAAAAUAUGGCAAAUCUCAAAAUAUGAGAGUGUCCAAACACAUCAUGCUUCCUUCAGUUUGGAAGU